AUGGCAGAAAGAAAAAUCAAGAAUUUAACGUCAGACUAUCUGACAUGCACGAUUUGCUUCAACGUGUUUUCUGAACCAAAGAUGUUACACUGUGGACAUUCGUUUUGUGCCAAGUGCCUGGAGGGCUACAUUCGCGUGGUUAUCAAGCAGCGUGACUUUUUCGAGUGUCCGAUUUGCAGAGAUCCGUACCAGAUUCCUAACGCAGACGACAUAAAAACGUUGGUCAAUUCGUUCAAUAACGACUCGGUGUCAUUGUCAAUACUUCAGGCAUUGGGUGUCCAAGCGAGGCCAUCUUUGGAGACGGGUGCUUCCUUCACUACUGACAGCCAUGUCGGCAUGCAAUUCUCGAUAAAUUCCCCGAGCGACGAUGAGCUUUACUGCGCUUGCGCGCGCCAUACGGAGCGACACCUUGACACGUUCUGCGCGAAGCACGAGAUUGUCGUGUGCGGAGAAUGCGCUGAAACUCACCACAGUGGACCCGAGUGUGAUUGCUCCUUGGUGAGGCAAGUUAUUAACAGACGUCUGAAUGCGCUGAAGAGUCUGAUUGCUCAACAGACGUCAGAUGCAGAUCGUCUCUUUGACUCUGACACAGCGGGCGUCAAAACUGUCCGUACCGUAUACGCAGACGUUCAAAAGUGCAUUUCGGACGUAGAGGAGAGUUUUGAAGACAUUUGCAGGACCUUUAAACGUCGAAUAGAAAGCGUGAGGACGAAGGCUAAGGCAACUGUCGAUCAAGACAAAACAUGCACUGACGUUAGAAAACUACAAGCUGAUUUAGUGUCCGGUGUUAAAUCAUUGGAGUCAGAAACUAUAUUAAUGAACCCCAAUGAAAUCCUUAAAACGAUCGCCAGUAUGUGUUUAAUUUCAUCGGAACUGCAAAUGAACAUCGCGGAACUUGCCGAGAAAAUUAAGUCCGGAUCGUUAAUGAAAUACGUAGAAAAUGACCUGAAUCUUUUAGACGCGUUUGUGUCUGGCGUUAAGGCUACAUUACCCGAUGAAUUCAUGACAAUCGAAGAAAACUAUAAAGAGGAACCAAAUGAAAAAGAUUUUGUAGUAAUCACUUCUAACGGAACAUUCGCGGAUCGCCCAGAUGCGGGUAACGAGAAGAGUGACGUGUAUAUGCAAGUAACAUUUAGCGCAAAGUGUCCGAGGGAAGACAAGUGUAUGUUAUCUGGUGUCGCAUUGACAGGGACCUCGGCAGCAAUUAUCGUUGACCAGAAAAACAAGAAAAUCAAAAAGUUUAAAAUACCAGAAGGAACCUUUCUGCAUGAACUUGUUGUUACCAACGAACCACACCAGGUCGCGACUCUGAGAGAAUCCAGUCACGUAGCUGUGUCAUUGUGGGAUGUUCCAAAAAUCUUGCUUCUAUCAACAGACCCUGUUCUGAAAGUUAUUACAACGAUCGAAACGGCGACUGAAUACAUCGGAAUUACCUCGCAUCUAGCUGACAGGCUUGCUGUGGCUAGUAUUCAAGCGAGACGCGUCGAUGUGAUUGACACUGAAGAAAGGGAUGAUCACUAUGUUAGAAAGUCAGAAACACUCUUUCAAUCGUGUCGACGACGGUCUUUUCCGGAUAGAUUAACAGCAACGAGCGACGGAAACGUUGUCGUGAGGAAUCGGCGACGGAACGAAAUUUCGUGUUUUGGCGGGAACAAAUUGUUGCUAUGGUCUCGGCGACUGAAGCACUCAGUGGCAGACAUUGCGUGCGUAAGGGGAAGGUUGUACGCUACUUUCAAUGACAGGAAUGAGAUCGCGUCGAUAAGGGAGGAUGGUCAAGGCCCAGUUGAAAUUCUCAGCUACAAGGAUUUUGUAAAGCGACCGUGGGCUAUCGACGGGUUUAAGGAUUGUUUGAUCGUGACGGAAGAUGCACCAUCGGAUAAAGUACAUCUAUUUUUAUUUGUUUAA